AUGAAAAGAGUAUCAAGCAACCCGGGGAACAUCGGUCAACUGCGUCCUGCAGUAUCUCACAAACGCCGCAGGUUUGCAGUUCUAAAGUUCCUGGUUCACCUACAUGCAUAGCCGCCGUGAUAUGCAUGUGGUCUUAUUAGCCUAGCCAAUCGUCCUGAGCCUCGUCCUGAGCCUCAAACCAUACCUAGCAGGCGAUGGCGCGAUCCUUUAGCAUGCUCUGCAUAUGCGGCACGUGGGGGGCCUCACCGGGCUUCCCAUUUUAAGCAUCUCCAACCCCCUUACAUAAUGAUCGCAGGGAAGGUUGCGUGGCUGGAUGGGCUUAUCAGCUAACCUGACGCUACCCCUCAUCCAGCUAUUCUUCCACAUGGUGCGGCUAACCCUGGAGCUGGCUGUCUAGCUUUCUAGCAUUCAUAUAAGUUUGAGCUGAGGGAUAUCUGAUCCCACAGCUUCAUCCGUAGCUAGUUACACUAUGAUAAACUUACUCUGAUGAGACCCAGCCGAUGAACAGCACGAUGGCCAAUGAACCGAAAGAUUCCGGCGUCUCCUUCGCUCAAUUCUUCGAUCGGUGCAAAUUACCCCCAAGCGUCAAAGAUGACUGCGAUGCGUUCGUAAGAUCAAGGUAUUCCGAGCAGAUCCGGCCAGCUCCAUUCCAGGGUUACUGUUCUUAUACAGUAUUUGUCGGGGAGGAGUCUGUCGUUCAAUUCAGACCACUAGCCCACAAACUUGAUAUUGGGAUCACAAGCACUGCCUGUAAAAUAUUUGGUCCCUUGGCUCCCGAAACGGAACUACUUGGGGAGCUAGAAGGUACUGGCCUCUAUGUCUUUUCUAUGAGGCGGAUACCGGGCGUCUCACUUAUGGAUCUUCGUACCGAAACCAAGCUCGCACUGGGAAGGUCACAACGAGUACAGGUGGUGAGAGACUUCGCUCACCUACAGGCAGCGACUUGGGCUUAUGCGCAAAACAAUGAGAGUAUCCAAGAGAAAAAGACGGUCGGUUCGUCAAUCCGGUGGCGAUUAGAGCUCAUGGCGAAGAAGCUCCCUUCUCGCUUCCGCGGUAUCGCAAAAUCGAUCCUUCUCGAUCUAUCGGAAAUCGAGGCUCUACCUUGGGUUCUGAGUCAUGGUGAUUUCCUACCUUCGAACAUCAUGGUAGAUCCAAAAUCUGGAAAACUUACGGGUUUGGUCGAUUGGACGGAGGGCGAGUUUCUUCCGUUUGGAAUUGGCAUGUAUGGCUUACAGGAACUUCUAGGAGAAGAUAGAGAUGGGCAUUUCGUAUAUUACCCCGAAGCGAAACAUCUUCGAAAGCUUUUCUGGGCUGAGCUUUUUUCAAGCAUUCCAAAACUGCCUCGGGAUGCCCGACGCGUUGCGCUAAUUCGAAAGGCGCAGCUUCUAGGCAUAUUCUUGUGGCACGGGAUAGCGUUUGACAACGGUAAAUUAGAUCGAGUUGUUGAAGAAGGGAAGGACGGCGGAGAAAUUGAAAGGCUCGACGCUUUUAUAUUAUCUCGUACGAGGCCAGGGUCUCGAAAGUUGCGGCUUAUGCGGCCGUUCAUGGAUUCGCCUGUUGGAUGUAUACGCGGGCUUCUAUCUGGGAAGGGAUAAUGAUGUUGACGAUACCUCUUAUUUCCGCACUGAUUUACCAGACUGACUUGUAAAUUACCUAGGUAUGUAAUUGAAUGUAAUGAUAUUUAUCAUACGUAAGUGUUAUCGUAUUCCUAUUAGUACUGGUAUUCACACAGGACCUAAUUA